GGGGGGAGUGGCCGUGGGAAUGCUCCGGCUGCACUUCCCCGGAGGAGGCGGAAAGAGGGCGCCGCUGGGCAGCACGAGUGCCUGCCAGUUCCUUCACUAAUCCCGGCUCCCCGCCACUUCCCUCUUUGAAAAGCAGCUGACUAGAAGCCGGAGUCAUAUGAUUCCGACCGUGGAACUCCCCAGAUACUCGCAGAGAUGGUAGCGAAGCAGUGCCUGGCGGUGAUGCUGCCGCUGCUGCUUUCUCUGGUGGCUUGCAGUUCAGGCUUUCUCCUAAAGGAACCAAAAGAACCCAAGCAGGCAUGGGGGUAUGUCCCUGUCAGAAGCAAUGCAAGCAUGUUCUGGUGGCUGUACUAUGCAGACAACUCUGCCAAGAAUUUCACAGAACUUCCUCUUAUCCUGUGGCUUCAAGGAGGCCCAGGGGCUUCAGGCUGUGGAUAUGGAAACUUUGAAGAGAUUGGCCCUUUAGAUGCUGAUCUGAAACCACGAAGGACCACUUGGUUGCAGGCAGGAAGUGUGCUGUUCAUUGAUAACCCUGUCGGCACUGGCUACAGCUACGUUAAUGACAGCAGUGCGUAUGCCACAGAUCUCUGUAUGGUCACGUCGGAUAUGAUGGUCGUUCUUAGAAGAUUCUUCAGCUCGAGAACAGAAUUCCAGACAAUCCCCUUCUACAUCUUUUCAGAAUCUUAUGGUGGGAAAAUGGCAGCUGCCAUUGCUUUGGAACUUCAUAAGGCAGUUCAAGCCAAGACGAUCAAGUGCCAUUUUCUCGGGGUAGCCCUUGGCGACUCAUGGAUUUCUCCUCUAGAUUCUGUGUUGUCCUGGGGGCCUUACCUUUAUAGCACUUCUUACCUGGAUGAUAAAGGUUUAAAAGAAGUGACCAGUGCUGCCAAAAAGAUCCUGAAUGCUAUGAAUAACAAGGAAUACAAAUUGGCAACAUUGCUUUGGAGUAAGGCGGAAGAUAUCAUAGAAGAGAACACAAAUGGUGUGAAUUUCUAUAACAUUCUCACUCCAGAAUCUUCAUCCCUUACAUCCAUCGUGAGUGGAUUGACUCCCUUUUUGAAACUCUUCCAGCGUCAUGUGCAGCAUCAAAAUAAAGACAAGCUGAGUGAUUUGAUGAAUGGACCGAUCAGAAAAAAGCUGAAUAUAAUUCCAGACCAUGUCAAAUGGGGAGGCCAGGCACAAGAUGUUUUCACACACAUGGCUGAAGACUUCAUGAAACAUGCAAUAGACAUCGUAGAUGAGCUGCUGGAAGCCAAUGUCAAUGUUACUGUUUAUAAUGGGCAACUGGAUCUCAUUGUUUCUACCAUAGGCCAAGAAGCCUGGGUCCGCAAGCUGAAGUGGCCCAAGCUGAAGCAUUUCAGUAACCAAAAAUGGCAAGCUUUAUAUGCGUGCUCCAAAACUGAAGAGACAGCAGCUUUUGUCAAGUCCUAUGAUAACUUAGCCUUCUACUGGAUUCUAAAGGCUGGACACAUGGUACCUGCUGACCAAGGUGAUAUGGCACUGAAAAUGGUUCGGAUGGUGACGCGCCAAGACCACUGACAGAAUCGGGGCCAGCUGGCUUGGCUUCCUUGAAAAUUGCGAUGACCUGCUCUGCUUUUUAAAAUUGCACAUUGAACUACAGCUGGAACAAUGGUUGUUCAGCACUGUUGUCUGUCUCUGCCAUUGGAUUCUAUGCAAGAUAUUUCAAGGAGGGGUAGAUGCUGCCCUUGAGCAGACACAACUGUGAUUCUCUGUUCUGCACUGCAUCCACCGGCUUCCAUUGUGAUGAACCAUUUGCUGAAGGAGCAGCUUCUUGCUGUGUUACUUCUUGUAUUAAAUGCUAAGUGCUUUUGAUCAGCUUCAUGUUUAGGCAAAACUGCUUAAACAGUCCCUUCACAGUUUAUGCCAAAACAUGUUUACCAGGGAAUACAUCUCACUGACAACUGUGGGCUUAGGCCCAUACAGCAUGUACAGUGGAAGUCAAUUCUUCUUCAACUCCAUAUGGGAGGGGGGUUAGCCUCAAGGGUAAGCAGUUCCUCUUCUCCAUCCAGCCGCUUUUCCUGAUUAUGUUGGUUACAGCCAUGUUUGAAGACACGGCUCCACAACCAGCAUGUAUAGAUUGGCCCUUUGGCCUAGUGUAAGUGUAACUCUGGCUCCUGGUAAUUUUUGCUUAAGGCCAAAUCAGCUGCAACCUUCAGAGAAGGAAGGGGCUGGUUUAAUCCCUUUUCCUCCAGCUUCCCAACCCCACCCCCCACUGCCUUUUGCUCCAUAGGGAAAAACUCCCAUAUCUUCUGUAGGGCAAAAAGCAGCUGAGGGUGAGAGAAAUUGAGUGGGAAAACAGCUGGAAGAUCAAAGGCUAAGCAGUGCUUCCCCUGUUCAGUCAAAACAGCUGCAGAGGUGAUUGGUAUUAUGAUUGGGUAUAUUCUGAGCCUGAGCUCUCCCAUCCAGAAGGCACGUUCUUGUCUUGUGUCUGGUCUACCUCCAGUACUCCCUUGGAAAUGCUCAGGCUUAGUAGCCACCAUGUUGUGAGUGCAGGCAGGGCAACGCAUCGCAGUGUUAGGAGAGAAGUUGUGAAGGAGAAGUCCCUUCUUUUUACAUUGCAAUUUGACAUCGGCUGUACCAAAAUGAAUCAGAGUACUGCCUAAAUUUUUUUUGGGGGGGAGGGGGGCAGUAACUUCCUGUACUGAAGUCCAAGGGCUCUCUGUACAUUUGGAGUGUGUUGUGUUGAUGGCCAAAGAGCAGCCUGGGGAGCUAAAGAAGUUGACACAAGUGGCUGUUGUACGAGCCCCAUAACCUCUAUUGGGGCCCAGAUUCAUUCUUGUGCUCUGUUGAACCAGGCAGCCAGCCAUUGGGGCUAUUGCUGUGCACUCUAGUUUUCUUUUUCACUGUUUACAAGCCAUUCAUGAAUUAAAAACAGCCACUCUUUUUGGAGUGGAAAAUCCUA